AUGGCUGAAGAAACUAGGUGGUGUGGCAUCUGUAAGAAAGAGAAACCGAACGAUGCAUUUCGAACAUCUGAAGGUUCGGGGAAGGACUUUUACAAAAUGUGUGAGCCUUGCCGCACAAAGUACCGAAAUAAAUCGCGAGUUAAAAGGGCGCGCGCAAACCGGGGACGAGAUUCGCCAUAUCAUCCUUCCGAGCCAGCACCUCAAACUAGCACCGACCUCACCAACUCAGAGACGAGAGUUAUCCCUGAAAGCACCGGUGCGGCACAAUCUACCCCCAUGCCUGAGCAACCAAGUUGUACACACGCAGAUCCCAGCCACCAGAGUCGAGUCACAGUUGCACCGCCCGUUGUCGAAAGUUCUAUACAAAGCACAACAACUACCACUGUCAUCACCAUCUCAACCACCACCGUCUCUAAGAAUGGGGAGGAAACCUCAAACAAACCAGGGGAAGAUGCGAAGACCGCAGCAGAUGGCAUCCAACAGGUCAAAGAUGAAGACCUAGAGGCAGUUUCGAAUGGACCCGAAUCCGAGCAGCAAAGCGAAAUCGGCACAGGUACGAACCAGAACCCUGAAUUCUUUGGCUGUCUGCAUUGUGAGAAACUGCGUCCGUGGAACAUGGCAGGACUUCACAUCUGUUUGUUGUGCAUUCGGGACUGGAAGUGGUGUGCGAAGGGGGCCCACAAGCAAGCCAAAGCGAGCUUCAUCUGGGACGGUAAGGAGCAUGAUGAGUGCUAUAUGUGUCAAUAUGCAGGCACGUAG